GCUAAAACAUUUGGAAAUCAGUUAAGAAUGUUUAAUAUAUCAUGGUUGCAAAGAUGGUCUUGGUUAGCAUUUUCAAAUAUUGAAAAAGGAGCAUUUUGUAAAUACUGUGUGUUAUUCUACAAAAAUGAAUAUGCUGGGAAAGGCAUGCAUUCUUCACCUACAUCUUUAGUCACUCAACCUUUCUGUAAUUGGAAACAUGCCAUUAGGAUCUUCAAUAAUCACCAAAACAAUGAGUAUCACAAGCAAGGAUUAGCUGUUAGAGGUGGACAUGAUUUUGGUGAACUUGGUCUAAAUUCUCCAAUAAAAAAUGAUGGUAACUUUAGAAGCUUAUUACGCUAUCGAAUUCAAAGCGGUGAUAACUUAUUCUUAAAUCACAUACAGGAGUGUAACAAGAAUGCGUCUUAUAUAAGUGCUAAUGUUCAGAAUGAUAUUGUUUCUAUUAUUUCUGAAUAUAUACAGCAUUCUAUUUGUGAUAAAAUACGAAAGGAAAAAUACUUUACAAUAUUGGCUGAUGAGACAACAGAUAUAAGCCAUAUUGAAUAG